CUUACGUAAAUAGACACCCCUCACGCGGACCUCUGCAGGUGAUACCUCAUGUGUUGACACCUGUAAGGUCUGACUUUAAACAUGUCGUCGUUAGACCGGAACAUCUGGCUGUCUGAGGGUAAAAUGACGCUGUGAGUGCAACGCAACGUCAAAAACAUCCGGAUGUUAUUCGGCUAGCCAGCUUUAGCAGAGCUGCUGCAGCCUCUGCAGAAGGUGUCAGUUCGGAUCUGUGCUGCAGGACUUACAAGGAUGGAUCCCUGCAUAGUAAGCUACCUCUGCGAUUUAGUCGAUGUGUAUCGUAGUCAUAUUUAAGAAAAGGAAGACAGCGUUCCGUGCUGUGCACUUUUUUAAGAAACAAACUUGUUGUGUGGUGUGUGAAGCAGUAAUCAGUGAGGAUGAGGAGCCGCAGUAACUCAGGAGUGAGGCUGGAUGGAUAUGCUCGGCUGGUUCAGGAGACGAUCCUGAGCCACCAGAACCCAGUGACAGGACUUCUGCCCGCCAGCACACAGAAGAAGGACGCCUGGGUGAGGGAUAAUGUGUACAGUGUCCUGGCCGUGUGGGGGCUGGGCAUGGCCUACCGCAAGAACGCAGACCGCGAUGAAGACAAGGCCAAGGCCUACGAACUGGAGCAGAGUGUGGUGAAACUGAUGCAGGGACUGCUGCAAUGUAUGAUGAGACAGGUGGACAAAGUGGAGAAGUUCAAACACACCCAGAGCACAAAGGAUUGCUUGCAUGCUAAAUAUGAUACUCCCACCUGUGCCACUGUUGUUGGAGACGACCAGUGGGGUCAUCUCCAGGUGGACGCCACAUCCAUCUACCUGCUGAUGCUGGCACAGAUGACAGCCUCAGGUCUUCGUAUCAUCUCUAACCUGGAUGAGGUGGCUUUUAUCCAGAACUUGGUCUUCUACAUCGAGGCGGCCUACAAAGUAGCAGAUUACGGGAUGUGGGAGCGAGGUGACAAGACCAACCAAGGUAUCCCUGAGCUCAAUGGCAGCUCUAUAGGAAUUGCUAAGGCAGCGCUGGAAGCCAUCGAUGAGCUUGACCUUUUUGGUGCCCAUGGGGGCCCGAAGUCAGUCAUCCAUGUUCAACCUGAUGAAGUUGAACACUGUCAGUCCAUCCUGUGCUCCAUGCUGCCGAGAGCUUCAACUUCAAAGGAGAUAGACGCUGGUCUUCUGUCUGUUAUAUCCUUUCCUGCUUUCGCUGUUGAGGAUGCUGAACUGGUGGCCAUCACUAAGUCAGAAAUCAUAAGUAAACUGCAGGGUCGCUAUGGCUGCUGCCGCUUCAUCAGGGAUGGAUAUCGCUGUCCUAAAGAGGACCCGUCCCGGCUGCACUACGAUCCUGCUGAGCUGAAGCUGUUUGAAAACAUCGAGUGUGAGUGGCCUGUGUUCUGGACCUAUCUCAUCCUGGAUGGUAUCUUUUCUGGAGAUCAAGUGCAGGUGCAGGAGUACCGUGAGGCGCUGGAGGGCAUUUUGAUCAGAGGGAAAAAUGGCAUCAAACUUCUGCCUGAACUUUAUUCUGUACCGCAUGACAAGGUGGAGGAGGAGUACAGCAAUCCUCACUCAGUGGACAGAGUGGCCAUGGGGCAGCUGCCACACAUGUGGGGACAGUCGCUCUACAUUUUGGGAUGCCUUUUAGCAGAGGGUUUUUUAGCACCAGGGGAGAUCGAUCCUCUCAACAGGAGAUUCUCUACAAACUUCAAGCCAGAUGUUGUGGUACAAGUUUGUGUUCUCGCAGAGUCCGAAGAGAUCCAGGAGUUAUUAAGUGAUCAUGGGAUCAAUGUGCAGACGAUGUCGGAGGUUCUGCCAAUCAGGGUCAUGCCUGCCCGCAUCCUGAGCCAUGUCUACGUCAGACUGGGUAACUGCAAGAAACUGAAUUUGAGUGGGAGGCCGUACAGACACAUCAGAGUUCUGGGAACGUCCAAGUUUUACGAGAUCCGAAAUCGCUUUUAUAUAUUCAUCCCACAGUUUCUGGAUCAGCAUCAUUUCUACCUGGCUCUGGACAAUCAGAUGAUUGUAGAGAUGUUACGGACAGAGCUGGCCUAUCUCUCUUCCUGCUGGAGGAUGACAGGACGACCCACACUCACUUUCCCCAUCACCCGCAGCAUGCUGGAUGAAGACGGAGAUGCCAUUGAUCCAUGCAUUUUAGCAACCCUCAGAAAACUUCAAGAUGGAUAUUUUGCCGGAGCGAGGGUGCAGAUGUCAGACCUCUCCAGUUUCAAGACGACUUCUUUCCACACUCGCCUCAGCUUCCUGGAUGAAGGGAUUGAUGACAACCUCCUGGAGGAUGAGGAGGAUGAUGAUGAUGAAUAUGGAGAGGAAUAUAGCAAAUAUGGGCCCUCAGAGGGCUCAAAAGACGUGUUCGACCAGUACCUCACCCAGCUCCUUCACAGCACCACCAUAAAGUGCCAUCUACCUCCCAUCCAGAGGGGGCAGCACCACGUCUUUAGUGCUGAACACACAACCAGAGACAUCCUAUCUUUUAUGGCCCAGGUCAAGGGCAUAAACAUACCCAAGUCUUCCAUGUAUCUACCUGUGACUCCUGUUAAGAGCAAACACCGCAGGUCUCUUAAUCUUCUUGGGGUUCCUCAUUAUCAGCAGAGCUCAAAUGUAAAGCAGCACAAGCCCCACAGUGCUGCUGAUCUGCACCUGCCUCGAGACUCUCAGGGCAACACAGACUUCGUAGCGUUGGUGAGGCAGCUGAAGGAGUGUCCGACUCUGCAGGACCAGGCCGACAUACUCUACAUCCUUUACAUAAUGAAAGGAGCUGAUUGGCUGGUGGAGUUGUCAGGUCCCGGGCAGGGCGGGGUCAGCGUACGUUCCCUGCUGGAGGAGCUGUAUGUACAAGCUGGAGCCUCAAAAGAGUGGGGUCUCAUUAGAUACAUCUCUGGAAUACUACGCAAGAGAGUGGAGGUCCUUGCUGAGGCCUGCACAGAUCUGAUCUCCCAUCACAAGCAGCUGACUGUAGGUCUUCCUCCUGAGCCCAGAGAAAGAGUCAUCACAGUUCCUCUUCCUCCUGAGGAGUUAAACAGUCUCAUCUAUGAAGCCAGCGGUCAGGACAUCAGUAUCGCUGUGCUCACUCAGGAAAUCAUGGUCUAUCUAGCCAUGUAUGUGCGCUCCCAGCCGGCUCUGUUUGGGGACAUGCUGCGGCUUAGGAUCGGACUCAUCAUGCAAGUGAUGGCCACUGAGCUGGCUCGCAGCCUGCACUGCUCGGGGGAGGAGGCCUCUGAGAGCUUGAUGAGCCUGAGUCCUUUUGGCAUGAAAAACCUGCUGCAUCACAUCCUCAGCGGCAAAGAGUUUGGGGUGGAGAGGAGCAUGCGUCCAAUCCAGUCAACAGCCACUAGUCCUGCCAUCUCCAUCCAUGAACUGGGCCACACGGGAGCAACCAAGAAUGAACGAUCAGGAAUACACAAGCUGAAGAGUGAAAUAAAACAGAUCUUCAGUGGCGGCCUUUCCCUGAAUAGCACAGUCACCUCUCCUCGCUCCACGCGUUGCAGCAGCCCCUCCACCCCCAGUGGGAUCCUGUCCCCCGUGGGAACUGGUCCAGGUGACGGACAGCUUCACUGGGAGGAGAGGCAGGGCCAGUGGCUGAGGAGACGCAGGCUGGACGGGGCCAUCAACAGAGUACCAGUGGGCUUCUACCAGAAGGUCUGGACCAUCCUGCAGAAGUGCCACGGCCUGUCCCUUGACGGAUAUGUUCUGCCUUCUUCUACCACACGAGAGAUGACAGCAGGAGAGAUCAAGUUUGCGGUGCAGGUGGAGUCAGUCUUGAACCAUGUCCCUCAACCAGAGUACCGGCAGUUGCUGGUGGAGACUAUUAUGGUUCUCGGUCUCGUGGCUGAUGUGGAUGUUGAAAGUAUCGGAGGAAUUAUUCACGUGGACCGCAUCCUGCAUUUGGCCAAUGACUUGUUCCUCAAUGACCAGAAAUCACACAGUGCCAGUGAUUAUUUCCUUGAGAAGGAUCCUGCGACGGGAAUCUGCAACUUUUUCUACGAUAGCGCCCCCAGUGGCAGCUAUGGUACUAUGACCUAUCUCUCCAAGGCGUCGAUCACUUAUGUCCAGGACUUCCUGCCAUGUUCCAGCUGCUUGAUGCAGUGAGAACACCUUCAAUAGACGUUUUUUUCUCAUGAAGGGCAAAGAGAGCACAGCUCCUUAAAAAUGUUCUCUUAGGGUUCAAACCGCUCCAAAAAACUCUGUAGCUCUAAUAUACUGAUACACAACCAUAGCCAGGCAGCUGUUUAGAAACCAUUACAUGGGCAUUUAUUUUUCUUUAAGAGUCUGGGUAUAUUUUUACUUGAACAUGCUGCUUAUUGUACGUUUCCAGGUGACCUACUGACGUGCAUUUCAUGUAACUUAUUAUAGCUAUAAGAAGAUCUCUGUGCUGUGAUGUUGUGUGUGAGAAUAUUUAAUCAACAGACGAGUCUGGUUAAUGUUAUGUUUUAAGAAUUUACUAAGCCUGGAUGAUAUCAGUUAACAUUUUUAUAAUUGAAUUACUGCAUUCAGAGCAGUUCAUAGUACUUUUAAUUUUUUAAUAGGAUAAUUUAUUGUUCUGAGGCUGACAGAAAUAUGUGGGGGAAAUAAUACAUUUUAAAACCAAUUUGAGAUCUUAAUUAACUUUAUUUAUAUACAUAUAUAUUUAUCUACAAAUGUUGAAUUUGUACAUAUGAAUUGACAAAACGUUUCAUCUGAUAGCUCCCAGGUUUUCUAUAAUUCAGAACUCAUACUUACUUGUUGUUGCGUUGUAUUAAAAUGAACCUGUUUGGGAACAUGAUCCAGGUUUUUCUUUGUGUAUAUUUUAUGUGUUUGAAUAAUGAAUCCAUCCGUCUGUGGUUGAAUGCUAUCCCAAGGUUUUUCCUACUGAUAAGCAUGCACCUCAAUAUAUUGAAGGUUAUAUUAUUAAUGUGAAGUGAAGAUAGCUUAUUUAUGUUUUCUUUCCCUUGGGAUUGAUUUCAGCAUUAAUACUGUGACAUAGUUAGUUAGUAAAUAUACUAAUACAGUGAUUAUAUGUACAGUGUUUGCAUGGUUUAUGUGUUGAGAAUGAAGUGACGAGAUGUUUGUAAAGUACCACAGAGGGUGGCAGUAUGUUGCAGAGGGUCUUUGUUAGUGUGUCAUACAGUAAACUUGACUGGACGUGUUUAUAAGAUAAGCGACAGAACGAAAAAGGAAGUUUAAAUCAAUUGUAUCUUUGUGCUUUUGUUUUGAAAGCAGGACAGAGUAUAUAGAAUGUCAAUAUAUUUGAAUUAAAUCAUUAACUCUUUUAUGUCUGUUUCAUUAAACUAACAAAAUAAUUAAGAUAUUAAAAUAUAUUUUCAUUUUUUUAACAGUA